GUAUGGUUUACAAAAAUGUAUAUCUUCUUUAGCGUAACGUUUUUGAUUUGGGAAUAGUAUUUGGAGUAAUAGCUCGUUUCGUUAGGUACAACCAUCUCCGAUCCGAUCUCACUCACUACCAUUAACUGCUCAGUUCCGUUGCUUCUUCGUCGUGGAGAGACGGCCUCCGUAAGAUCCGAUCCAUUUGAUCCGAGGAACCUGGGCCUUCCAAAACGUCGUCGUUAUAAGAAGCUGAGUGCUAUAUUGAAUUGAUUGAGCCAGCCCCCGCAUUGAUCGUCGUCGAACUGUAUUCUGGCGUUUGAUUCCCCGCCGGUAUCGCUGAUAACAAAAGCGAGCGAACGCGUUAAGACAAUAGGGGCGGAGAGAGUCCUGCUGCAAGUGGUAGCUCUUCGAAGCUCAUUGCGUUUCACCAGAUUUUGUCACAGCAAACAUGAAUAUGCCUUUGUUGGAUAUUCAACCACGAACACUCAAGUUUCCAGUUGAUCUGAAGAAGCAGACUACCUGCAUGGUCCUGCUAACCAAUACAACUGAUCGUUUUGUUGCGUUCAAGGUCAAAACUACAUCACCAAAGAAGUACUGUGUCCGUCCAAAUGUUGGCGUUGUUGCACCAAACUCAUCCUGUGAAUUCUCUGUCAUUAUGCAAGCUUUCAAAGAACCACCUCUAGACUUGGCUUGUAAAGACAAAUUCUUAAUCCAGAGUACUGCUGUGCCUGCGGACACAACUGAUGAAGACAUCACAGCUAGCAUGUUCUCCAAAGGGGAAGGCAAACACAUAGAGGAAAACAAACUGAGAGUCACUCUCGUGAUGCCCUCCGACUCACCUGAACUAUCUCCAGUUAAAGGGCCAACGAAGGAGGAAGCAGUAUUUGAAGAUUCCAUCCUCAAGGAUCGAUCGUAUGGUCAAUCAGAGAUCCUUCCUCCUCCACAAUAUGAGAGUGAGAUUGUAAAGGAGCCUAGGAUGGUUGGGCAUGAUGAGCUAAAGGCAUCGUAUGGUGCAAAAGAGCUAGUGCAACCAAAAAAGGGCGUCACGGGUUUUAUGGAAGAUUUGAAUCCUGCUAACGACUUAAAGCCAACACAUAAUUUAGAUACUCCCACGGCCAUGGAUUUUCCUGGGGAUAAAGGGUUUACUAAUGGAAUGACUUACCCUGAGGUUGUCCAGCUAGAGAAAAGAGAUGGUCAGAAGAUCAAUGCAUCGGAUGAACCCAAGUUGGUUAAAGACAUUGAGGAGAUGAAGGUGAAAGUCAAAGCUCUUGAAUCGAAGCUACAACAGGCUGAUUCAACCAUUUCGAAGCUAAUGGAAGAGCGGUCUAUAGGAUCCCAACAUAGAGAAAGCUUGCAACAAGAGCUGGCGGAUCUGAGGACGAAGAAGAUAGUGAAAGAGAAGCACAUAGGGUUCCCUCUGCUGUUUGUAUGCGUGGUGGCGUUCAUCAACAUUGUUAUCGGGUAUGGUCUGCGCACUUGACUGCUCGGUCUCUCUCAAGGUCACACAUACCUUUAAUAUCUCAAAGUAAGUGUGCAGUCAGAAAAUAUACACAAAAGAAGGGAAAAUAAGGUUUUGUUUUGUUUUGUGGGAGAGCGCAUUAUGAUGAGUUUCUCCGGGCACUUUAAAGAUGGAUUAUUAUAGACUUUGUAUAGCGUUGGGGUGUUAGUUGACACAAAUGGACAUAUGGUAAUAUGAUGAUGAUAUGCUUUGUUUUUUCGCUC